AUGCACGAUUUUUGGAAAAAAGUUUCAAAUGUAUUAGAAAUGGUCGUUUAUUGGAAACGAUAUCAAACUUUUGAGGGAUUUUCCUUAGCAGUUGGAGACAUUACUGUUGAUGAGUCAGUUGCCCAAGUUAAAAUGCAAAAGCUCAUUGAGGCAACUGAAAUGAAUUCCAACAGAGAAUAUAACCAAAUUAUUGACCCUUCCAUGUGUGAAAAAAAUUCCUACUACUUUGGUGUGGACUUGGAUCUCAUACCGAAUGAUUUUACUGACGGAGAAGUGAACACGUUAUUUGAGGAAAGAGUUCAGAAAUUAAUGGUAUCUGAAUCUAAAUUUGAAAAGAUAAGAGCCAUCACUCAAUUGGAACCAUACGACUUGUUUUUACAUAAGGCAUUGAUCUUGGCGCUUGAUAUGGUUUCUUACUUUGAUAGUGAGAGACACAUGAGUUACAGUACUUAUAAUUGCUAUGACACAUUUGAAAAGUGUUGUCUCAUUUCGAAAGGUUUAUUUACGAGAAACAUGUCGGAUCGUUCUCUUGGUCUAUUAAUUGACUUGGAGAAUGAAAGGGAGGAAACUGUGAAUCUCUUUGAAAAAUUAGAGCCGAUUUAUGUGGCCAUUUCAAUUCAUAUCACUCCAGAUCAUUAUCAACACUUUACAGCACCCAAACAUGCUCAAUUUUUAUGUCUUGCUUUUGCACACUUUUUGAAUGAAACACCAUGUCCCUAUGAAAAUUUCCUUGAAGGUCAGGAAUUUCCAAAUGUUCGUGAUUUAACCAUCAAGAUGCCACCAAUUGAAAAUAACUAUUAUUUCAAAAUUGACACCAAGCAAGUGGAGAAGAACAUUCUUUCCUCAAUAACGAGGAAGAGAUUUCCAAAGUUAUUAAGAAUUUCAAUACAAGGAUGUUCCAGAAUAGAUAAUCUUUUAGAAUUGGAAAUAUUUUCAGAGUUGAUGUAUGUGGAAAUUAUUCCACAGAAAAUGGGAGACGAUUACAAUUAUAUUCUCAAUUGGUCUGAAAGAAGAGUUCACAAUUUUAUUAAUCAUCAAUUUAUUGAGAAGGAUUCUUCAUUGAUUCACCAAUUGGUUGUCCAUGCAAAUAUUGUUAGGAAUAGUGCUGAUGCCAAUUAUGACAGCAUUAAGGAAUUUUAUGACAUGAGUAGAGGAAAAUUUGUGCCGUGCAUUUCACGUUCCUCAAUUAAUGAAUAUUAUGAUAGAUGUUAUGAAUAA